UAUGACGUCAUGAUAGAGAAUCUUCAAUCUCUCAUUGACGUUGAACGUUCAUCAUCCGCAAAGAUUCAGUUAGGACCCGGAAGCGGCUCAUCUUUCGAUUACAAUGUUUAUCACAAUUAUGAUGAGAUAAUGCAAUGGGUAACUGAUUUCGCAUCAGCCAACAAGGCACUUGUUGACGAAGUGAAAAUCGGAACUUCCACUGAAGGACGUGCCAUAAAAGCUUUAAGAAUUGGAUCGAAAUCGUCAAGUAACCCAGGUAUCUACUUCCAAGGAGGAAUUCACGCAAGAGAAUGGAUUUCACCCGCCACUAUGAUGAAUCUUGCAAGAAAGGUAAUGUAAAUUGUGACCUAUAA